CCUCGUCGGCUGAUCGUCUGUUUUGACGGCACGGCCAACCUGUUCGACGAUGCGAACACGAACAUCGUCCACUUGGUUUCCUAUCUGAAGAAAGACGAUCUGCAAGAGCAGCAAGUCUACUAUCAGACAGGCGUCGGGACUUACAUCCCUCCUGGAAUUUUCAUGCGUUUCAUGGUAAACUUCCUCAAAAAAAUGGAUGAAGGGUUUGCGUGGGACAUUUCAAACCACAUCAUGGGCGGGUAUAAAUUCCUGAUGAACAACUGGACACCCGGGAGCAAGAUCUCCAUCUUCGGCUUUUCUCGCGGCGCUUACACGGCUCGUGCCCUAGCUGGUAUGCUCAAAAAAGUGGGGCUUCUUUCGCGUGGGAAUGAUGAACAGAUCCCCUUUGCGUACAAUAUGUACACCGACACGAGUGCUACCGGGUGGACACAGAGUCGAGGUUUUAAGCGUGCGUUUUCCCACGAAGUGCAUGUAGAUUUCCUCGGUGUUUGGGACACUGUCGCUUCAGUUGGCGUAUUCACUGUCAGGGAUCUGCCCCUCAGCUCGUCGGACCGUCAUAUCCGGGUGUUCCGACACGCUAUCUCACUCGACGAGCGGCGUUGCAAGUUCAAGGAGAAUCUUUGGCAGGCGCCGUUCAUUCCUCCCGGGACAUCACAAACGCUGCACGAAGGGGAAACAGAGUCAGCAUCGCUCUCUGAUCACCACAAAUACGUCCCGGUGCCGACCGACAUAAGCAUGGAGGAGGAAGAGGGCAGCAUCGAUUUCUCUCUGGAACAGCGCGCGCCAACGGACGUUCUAGAGGUCUGGUUCUCGGGUGGACACGGCGAUGUUGGCGGAGGUUGUGCCCAGAAUACGGAGCGUUUCAGUGCCAAUAGGAUCCCACUUACAUGGAUGAUCCGCGAGAUCGUGCUUGCCAACACCGGCAUAGUGUUUGACGAAGCUGCCCUGGCGGCAGAUGGGAUCAUCCUUCCGUCUCCCAACCCCCAGAGGGUCCUUGCCAGGGAUACAGCAGGACAUGAUACGGUUGCACUCAUUUCGGACCAGCUCAAGCUCGUCCGGUCUUGGUGGAUCAUUGAGAUCCUUCCU